AUGGAAACCGCCGCGGCGCCCCGAGUCCAGGCGCUGGCCGACGCCGGCGUGCCCCACCUCCCGGCGCAGUACAUCCAGCCGCCCGACCUCCGCGCGGGCCCCUCCCCCUCCCUCGCCGCCCCCCUCUCCGUCCCCGUCGUGGACCUCUCGGAUGCCGCCGCCGCAACAACCGACGCGGUCGGCCGCGCGUGCGCCGAGUGGGGCGCCUUCCACGUCGUCAACCACGGGGGCCCGCCGGGGCUGCUCGACGGGAUGCGGGCCGCCGGGCUGGCCUUCUUCCGCGCGCCCAUGGCGGAGAAGCUCCGGUUCGGCUGCGACCCGGCCAGGGGCGCCGCCGCCGAGGGGUACGGCAGCCGCAUGCUCGCCAACGACGACUCCGUGCUCGACUGGCGCGACUACUUCGACCACCACACCCUCCCCGAGUCCCGCCGGGACCCCGCCCGGUGGCCCAACUUCGUGCCAGGAUACAGGGACACUGUUGUAAAAUACAGUGACAGCAUGAAAGUCCUUGCCCAAAGAUUGCUGUGCAUCAUCUCUGAAAGUCUGAAGUUGCCACCCUCCUACCUGCAAGAAGCGGUGGGAGAAGCUUAUCAGAACAUCACCGUUAGCUACUAUUCCCCUUGUCCACAGCCAGAUCUUGCUCUCGGAUUGCAAUCUCAUUCUGACUUUGGCGCAAUAACACUUCUAAUACAAGAUGAUGUGGGUGGGCUCGAGGUAUUCAAGGAUGGGAUGUGGAUACCUGUGCAUCCUGUGCCUGAUGCAAUCCUUGUAAUUCUGUCUGACCAGACAGAGAUCAUAACCAACGGAAGAUACAAGAGCGCCGUGCAUCGAGCUGUGGUCAAUGCCGACCGUGCCCGCUUGUCAGUGGCGACGUUCUACGAUCCACCUAAAUCUCAGAAAAUAUGUACUGCCCCCCAGCUCGUGAGCAAGGACCAUCCGCAGAAGUAUCGGGAUGUGGUUUACGGCGACUAUGUCUCAUCCUGGUACAGCAAAGGCCCAGAGGGCAAGCGCAAUAUCGACGCCCUCCUGAUGGAGCAAUAG